AACAGGAUUUCUGCGCUAAACUGAUGAGAUCCAGCCCGAUACCCGCCGUUGGACACUCUGAAUAUUUCAUUUAUAAUACUGAGCAAUGGCGGAAACGCAAGAAAGCGAUGAAAAAUGGCUGAUGAAGCUAGAGAAGCAGUUCCAGGAGAUAGCAGGUGAUGAUAAUCAGAUUGAUCUGGAUGAGUUUAUAAAUGCACUGAACGUUAAGAAGUCGUUCUUUGCCGAGAGGUUUUUUGAGUUGAUAGAUGAGGAUCAGUCUGGGAGUAUCAGCUUGAAUGAACUCAUAGGCGCUCUACGGCUUUUAGUGAAUGGUACAGAAGAAGAGAAGCUUCACUUUCUCUUCCGGGUUUAUGACGUAGACGGGAGCGGCUUCAUAGACUUUGACGAGCUCAAGACUGUGCUGAACUCCUGCACUGCUGAAAGUGCGUUGACCCUGAGUGAUGAAACUUUGACGGAACUGACUGAGAUUCUAUUUGAAGAUGCCGAUGUCGAUGGUGAUGGCCACGUGAGCUUUGAAGAGCUCUCUGAACAACUACAGAGAUAUCCUAGUAUCACAUCCAACCUUACCAUCAGCGCGGCCGAGUGGCUGAAUCCUAAAAAGAAGAAGCUCAAACAGCAAUCAGCAAGAAAGACUUGCUGCAAUUAUCAUACAAUCCGUAAUCACCUCUCCGUCAUCAUCUUCUGGGUCGUCUUCGUUAUCAUCAAUGUUGGACUAGCAGGAUGGGGUGCAUACGAAGGUCACCAGAGUAUCAAGGAUGAUAGAAACCCAGUUUCUCUGGCAAUUGCAAGGAGUGCAGGUCGAUGUCUUAGCUUUAGUUGCUGCUUUGUACUGAUCCUCAUGCUUCGGAAGCUCUUGACAACAUUACGCAAUACAUUCUUGACGACAGUUCUACCUCUUGAUCAACAUGUCAUCAUCCAUAAGAUUGUUGCAAUCUUUAUCAUCAUCUUGUCGGUCGUUCACACCGCAGCCCAUAUUGCAAAUAUCGGAUUGCUCUACGAGGUAGAGAUGGCAAAUGGUACAACUACAGAUUGGGUUCUUGAAGUCCUGGUCCGUCCUUUCCCAGGUCUUGGUCUGGUCGAAGGUUCCUGCAUCAUUACAGGGAUUCUGAUCAUCAUCGUACUCAUCAUCAUGACCAUCUGCUCGAUGCCGUUUAUCAGAAGGAAUGGAUACUUCAAAGUAUUUCACUGGACCCAUCAACUGUGCAUUGUUUUCUGGACCUUGAUCAUCAUACAUUCUAAGUACUUCUGGAUUUGGUUCAUUAUACCGGGUGCAAUCUACUUUCUUGAACGUCUUUUACGGCUACAGGUGUUUAGGAGAGCAAGGUUUGGUAAAACCUACAUCCAGAUAGGGUACAUCUUACCCGCAAAUGUUGUUCAUCUUGUCAUCCAGCGUCCUUCCAAAUUCAAGUUCCAUGCUGGAGAAUACGUUCAUGUGAAUAUUCCAUCUAUAGCAUCACAUGAGUGGCAUCCAUUUACCAUUAGCAGCGCACCAGAAGAGCAAGAUUUCAUGUCUCUGCAUAUUCGAUGCGUUGGUCAUUGGACAAAAAGACUCUAUGGUGUCAUUAAAGAACUAGAGCACACUCUUCCUAAAGACAUGCAACACCUAGAUGUGGACGAUCGAGAGCAGAACGGUAAUUCUUUAGAUGUCAAAGUCGACCUGGGAACUAGGAACGUCAUUCACGAAGUGGACCGUGAAAAUCAGAAGGGGAUCGCCUCUGAAAACAAAAAAAACUUGUUUGAAGAAAAUACUUACUCAACCUGCAAAAAGGGUGCGACCAACCUAGGAUUCGAAUCAGAAGUUAAAGAUGAAGUCAAAGACCAAGGAAAGAGUAGCGCAUAUAACACGUCCGAGAACAGACAUGCGCCAUAUCAGGAGGAAGAAAGUUCACAAGGGACAUUUAAGGUCAAUGGUAAUGGCUUUAAAAUGAAAACAUUACAGUCUCAGGAAAGCUCGAUGAGCCAAGAUGUGUCUGGACAGGAUAACUCGAAAGCACACAGUGUUUUACAUUCACUGGAUCUAUCCAAGAUGUUGGGCGGUACACCUCACACUGGGUUGGAAAUUAUUUUAGAUGGUCCAUACGGAGCUCCUGCUCAGCAUAUCAUGGAGGCUGAACAUGCCGUUCUCAUCGGAGCAGGAAUAGGAAUCACACCAUUUGCUUCCAUCCUGCAGAGCAUAUACAAACGGUAUAAGGCUGCUAAGACUCAAUGUCCGAAAUGUCACCACACGUGGAUGACGGAUACACCAUCCAUUCUUAAAACAAAGAAGGUUGACUUUAUCUGGAUCAACCGUGACCAGCGAUCCUUUGAAUGGUUUAUCAGUCUCAUUAAUGCAAUUGAGACGGAACAGGCCGACGUAGAGGAGAUAGAACGCUUCCUUGACGUACAUCUGUAUAUGACGUCAGCUCUCUCUCCCAGUGACAUGAAGGCUAUUGGACUCCAUGUUGCUCUUGAUCUCAUCCAUAAGAAAAACAAGCGAGAUACAAUCACGGGAUUGAUGACCAGAACACAGCCAGGACGACCGAAUUGGGACGAGGUUUUUCAAAAGCUAGAGCAGCAACGAAAAGGGAAGAUCACUGUCUUCUUCUGUGGUUCCCCUGCUCUCGGAAAAGUCCUCUCCACCAUAUGUCUACGUUACCAAAUGGAGUUUAGAAUGGAAAACUUCUAGAGGUGAAUCAGUCACGUAUAUACUACCGGUUACUGUUUUCAACAGAGAUCCAAUCCACUCCGAAUAGCAGCCGAAAAUGAAGGAAAUGA